UUGUCAAUUUUGAUUGAGGCAACUCCCUCAAAAUACAAUGUGUGUUCCGAUAUGUUUCCGAUUUUCCCUACUGUCACUGGUUCUGGUUUCUGUGACUGGAUUAGUAACAACAGAUGAGGUGGAAAGCAAGGCCAAAAAGAUAGGUGAAGAUGCCUCGUUCAUGUGUGAGGUGGAGAAUUAUAAUGAGUUCGGCAACAUAAACGUCGUAUGGAUGAGAACCACAGACGUCGAAAUGGAGUUGAUGGCCAUUGAUGACGUAAUCAUCGCAGACGACGCAAAUGUCAAGGUCGAAUUCUCAGAAGAUCCAAAACAAGAUAGAGCGACGUCUAGAGUCAGUAUUACGAAGCUUACACCCGACCAGUUUGGUUCUUAUCAGUGUUCUGUGACGGGGAAGGAUCGCAAGGGAAACGCACAGAGGGCACCUAUGAAAACGGGGGAGUUAACAAGAUGGCUACCAGAAGGUUUGGCUUCAUUUGGAACAUGGCACUUGGAUGGGAGUGGCUCUGGCGACAAUAAGGUCUUCUUAUACGAGGGCGCAAAAUACCAGGUCGCGGCACCCUUUCAGCGCGCCCUAUUCCUGCAGGGUAAGGCUCACGCCAUGAUCAAGCGGCCCGAUUUUUGGAACAAGGACUUCACCGUCCACUUGUACAUCAAGCGUUCUCCUGGGGGAACGAACGAAUAUCAAACUGUUCUUGGAAGCUGGGAGGCGCGCAGCUGGAUGUUUCUCUUCAGAAUCAACCCCAAAAAUCAGCUAGAAUUGGAACUUCGGAGGAACAAGUUCCGAAAAGGGAGCAAUCCAGCACAAACCUUGGUAAAACUUGAAGGAGGCAACAUAAAACGCAACCAAUGGCACUCAGUUGCAUUUAGCUGGGAACACGGGACGGGCGAGGCGAAGAUCUAUAUCGACGGGUUCGUGGUUGCGGCAGAAUACACAGAAUACGAAGACAGAGAUCUGCCGGAAAGGACAAGCACUGCUCUCCAAAUUGGCUACAAAGCUGAUACGAAAACCCAUUUCUUCAAUGGGUAUAUGGCCGAGUUGACAAUUUCUCAAGGUGCUCUCCCCCAGUACACUCUAUCCGAGUUUGUUGAUAUCAUUAAAUACGAGAAAAAAUAAAUAUCGAAUAAAAACUU